UCCGCGCUCGGACCAGGCGGGAGGAUGAGCCGCCGCGUCUCGAACGCUGGGGAAGGCUCGGCCCGCGGGAUUCCCGUCGAGCUCCUGCUCUGCCCAGUGCCGUGGGAAUGCCUAAAUCAAAGGAACUUGUGUCUUCAAGCUCAUCUGCCAGUGAUUCAGAUAGUGAAGUUGACAAAAAGGCAAAGAGGAAAAAGCAAGCAGCUCCAGAAAAGCCUGUAAAGAAACAAAAGACUGGUGAAAGUUCUAAAGGUGCAGCUUCCUCUAAACAAAGCAGCAACAGAGAUGAGAAUAUGUUCCAGAUUGGCAAAAUGAGGUAUGUCAGUGUUCGUGACUUUAAAGGGAAAGUCCUAAUUGAUAUUAGAGAAUACUGGAUGGAUCAAGAAGGUGAAAUGAAACCUGGCAGAAAAGGUAUUUCUUUAAAUCCAGAACAGUGGAGCCAGCUGAAGGAACAGAUUUCCGAUAUUGAUGAUGCAGUAAGAAAACUGUAAAGACAGCCAUACAGAAACUUACUGUUUUAGUUGUUUUAAGCAGUCUUUUUACACAUUGGCUUUUGUUUUCUAAAAUACUUGUUUUCCAAGCUAUUGUAUAUUUGGAUUGCAAAACAAUUUGUAAGAUGAAUACUUUUUUUUUAUGUGCAUUAAAAGUGUAUUCUAAGUGAG